AUGAAUGAGUCGCCUCCGACGUUUGAGAAGAAAAAGACAAAAUCGGGAUUACCGAGGGAGCUUCUUGCGGGUUGGGGAGCCGGAUCGGUGGAAACAUGUCUACUAUAUCCAGCAAACAAAAUCAUCUUUCGACAACAAUUGCACGGUUUGAAAACGGGACCGGCUGCUGCCCAACUACGCUCCGAGGGGCUGCAGCUGUUGUUUCGUGGCCUACUUCCGCCACUCGUGAUGCGAUCCUUAUCGAGAGCGCUAAUGUUUGGACUCUAUGAUCGUUUUGUCAGCCAAUGUGCACCAAUGAAAGGGAUACUUCUUACGUCUCCUUGCCAUUGUGCGGCCGCUUUUCUUGCCGGUGUCUGUGAAGCGAUGCUAUGCCCUUUGGAGAGAGUACAAGUGCUGUUACAAACGAAAGAAUUUCAUCAUAAAUUUGAGAACACAUUAGCGGCUUUUCGUUACGUUCAAUCAAAACAUGGAUAUCGCGAGUUUUGGCGUGGCUUCUCGGUGAUCGUUGCGCGAAACGGCUUAUCUAAUAUCUUUUUCUUUGGUCUACGAAAUCCGCUCAAAGAUAUAAUACUGCAAAUGAAUGGCGGAUCGGUACUUGAUACUGGGACACCUCGUGUGGUGGCCGAGUUUGUGUCGGGUGCAGUGCUUGGAACAACGAUAUCGACUUUCUUCUUCCCUUUCAACGUUGUGAAAAAUAGGAUUCAGUCACAGAUUGGUGGUCCUCGCCAAGACGGUUUCUCGACGCUUCAACUGAUUUUGAAAGAACGUAUGAAACCAGUCAAAGAAGUUGGUGACUGGUCAGAACAAACGUCGUCAAGUGGAAAGCGAUAUUAUUACAAUCGAUCGACAGAAGUAUCACAAUGGGAAAAGCCCGAGGAAUGGAAAGAGUACGAAAGAAAGCUUGAAGAAUAUGACCGUUUACAGAAACGACAACAACCGAUGGGUUAUUCAAACAAUACUCGACCACAACAGGCCGCUGCAGCCACUGUUUCAGGCUCACAAAUGUAUCAGGCAGGCUACCUCGUCCCUCAUCCACCACCACCGCCGCCUCCAACGUCUUCGUUAAACUUGCACACUGUAACUGGCCACCCAUAUUCAAAUCCGUAUGGACCCGGGCCGAUAGCUCCUCAACUCUCAUUUUCGAUGAAUAAUGUGUCACAGCAUAUUGCUGCUUCCAACAAUUCAUCGUCACCAAAGGCGCAUCCAGGACAAUUCCACAAUUCGUCGAAUGCUUUAAAUAACCGAGAUGGGCGAGAUGGAAACAAAGAUCAACGAGGUGAACGGGAAAAGGAACAACGCGAGAAAGACAUUGCUGGCUAUCGAGAUCGUAAGCGGCCUUACCCACGAAACUCGCCACGAGAAAAAGACCGAGAGAAUCGGGAAUUUCUUCAAAAGGAUAAAGAAAGAGAACGGGAGAAUUUCCGAGAACUCAACACAAAUGCCCACGUGCCAGCUUAUCGAAACUCUACUCCAGCUUACCAAAAUGAGACGAACGAUAACCCGUCAAGCUCAAGCAUUUUCGAGAACAAAUAUCCAAAAACAAAGAUAGAGGAAAAGCCGAGAUAUGGCGAUGAAAGAGCGACGAAAUUCUCUCGUGGUCUCAGUGACGAUCAAAUUGUAAAACAACAUGUGAAUGGAAGUGCUGCAAAACAUGCUCCGCCAAACGAUUUUGAUAAUCGGGAUAUAGAGGGUGGCUCUGUGCCAAUGGAUAUCGAGGAGGAACGGACGGAAAGCAAUAAUUCUAUUCACGAAGAGCACAAAGAAAUUUCCCAUUUUUUGGUGGUUGCAACGGAUCAUAUCAAGAAUUUCAAGAAGCGAUUCCGCCCACCAUUUGGCCCAUUGAAACCAAAGGAUCCAACGUUAGAUGAUGAAAGACUACUUAUCCAAGAGAUGAGCGGCGAAAAGAAGCGACUCAUUGAAAAUGGACAAUCGAUGUUGAGACUCUAUCAAACACAGGCUCUCUCGCAGAUGUGUCGAGUGAAAGCAGAAGUGCUGAACAUUCGCCUCAGAAAUAAUAGAGAAGUUCAAAAAUGGAUUGAAUCGCGUCGACGGGGUGACUCGAUUGCCGUCGUUUCAACUUCAACUGCAGCCACAACCGCAUCUGCGGCAAAUGUUGUCUCUUCAGCGAUCGCGGGAUUGAACUCCGAUCUAGGCCUAUCGAAUGUGAUGUCCUCUCCGCUUCGAUUAGAUAAUUAUAGC